AUGGCUACUCAAACCUCGGUCAUCGCCUGGGGCUCGGGCGAAGACGGGCAACUGGGGAUAGGCAGCAAUGAAGAGAGGGAAUGGGUUUGCAUAGUCAAAGCACUCGAGCCCUAUAAAGUUCGCUCUGUUGUUGCUGGCAGUCGCAACUCUCUCGCCAUUUGUGAUGAUGGCAAGUUGUUUACAUGGGGUUGGAACCAGAGAGGAACGCUAGGCCACCCACCUGAGACAAAGACUGAAAACGUGCCUAGCCAGGUUAAGGCCCUUGUCAAUGUCAAUAUUGUUCAGGCGGCUAUUGGUGGAUGGCAUUGCUUGGCUGUUGAUGAUCAGGAACGUACUUAUGCUUGGGGUGGGAAUGAGUAUGGGCAAUGUGGUGAAGAGCCUGAGCGGAAUGAUGAAACUGGGAGACUACUUAGGAGGGAUAUAAUGAUUCCUCAACGUUGUGCUCCAAAGCUUGCCGUUCGUCAGGUAGCAGCUGGAGGUACACAUUCCGUGGUGCUUACACGUGAAGGUCAUGUAUGGACGUGGGGCCAACCAUGGCCUCCUGGAGACAUAAAACAAAUCUCUGUUCCUGUACGUGUCCAAGGGCUUGAUAAAGUGAGGCUUAUUGCAGUCGGAGCAUUCCAUAAUUUAGCGCUUAAAGAAGAUGGAACACUGUGGGCAUGGGGCAAUAAUGAAUAUGGGCAACUUGGGACUGGUGAUACCCAGCCAAGAUCACAGCCUAUUCUUGUCCAGGGACUUUCUGGUCUCAAUUUGGUUGAUAUUGCUGCUGGCGGAUGGCAUUCUACUGCUUUAACUCAGGAUGGAGAGGUGUAUGGUUGGGGAAGGGGUGAACAUGGAAGACUGGGUUUCGGGGACAACGAUAAGAGCAGUAAAAUGGUACCACAAAAGGUUAAUCUUUUGACAGGGGAGGACAUAGUUCAGGUAUCCUGCGGUGGGACGCAUUCAGUAGCAAUGACACGAGAUGGACGGAUAUUCUCGUUUGGGAGAGGGGACCAUGGCAGACUGGGACGCGGGAGGAAGGCUACAACAGGGCACCCGAUUGAAGUACCAAUCAACAUCCCACCUCCAACUGGCAUUGUGAGUGUGAAAGAAGAUGAAGGAAAAUGGAGGGCAAAGCUUGUUGGUUGCGGGGGUAGACACACAUUGGCAAUUGUAGAAUGGAGCAGCACAUGA